AUGGACAACACCCAGACCGAAACUGGGGAGCAGCAGUCUGAGCCGGACCAAAAGCCUCCAUUUAAGAAUUUCUGGGUAUGGCGCUACGGCGAAACGAUCAACCUUUUCUUACGAUGUUCUACCUUCUACCGGAGCCAUGGAACCCUCCUCGACAAGGUUUUAAUGGGAAUUGCGGUAUUAUGUGCUGCAGGAGCAGGAACUGCUUUGCCUUUGAUGAACGUUAUCUUCGGCAAUGUUGUCAGCGAUUUCAAUGGAUAUUUCAUCCCUGGUUCCGGUGUUACCAAGGAGAAGUUUCUUAGCAGUGUGAAUCGGAGCGUUUUCUGCUUGGCUAUAUUUCCGUGUCUCCUCGUUCCGAUAUACAUCAAACUGCAAAAGAAGGUUGAGCAAGCGGACGAAAAGGCCUCGUCGAUUGCAGGAGAAGCGCUUGGGUCGAUUCGUACAAUUGUCUCUUGCUGUGCAGAAGGCAGGCUUGCGGCUCGUUAUGGAGAAUGGGUUGGGGAAGCGCGAAAACGAGGAAUGAGGCUGGCGCCACAGGUCGGUGCGCAGCUCGCGCCAUCAAACUUCGCCAUGUACGGGAGCUAUGCGUUGACGUUCUGGUUCGGCAUCAGACAGUAUGCGUCGAAUAAUAUUCCUGAUGUUGGCCCCGUUAUUACGGUCAUUUUUUCAGUUUUCAUAGUGGUAUCAACACUCUCUUUUCUUGCAACCCCUAUUAUCGCCAUUUCCAAGGCAGUGAGCGCAUCUACCUACUUUUUCGAAAUGAUAGACGCGCCAAAGCCUAAAACGUCUGGCUUGAAGGAUCAAAAUGUUUCAACCACCGAUAUCCGUUUCGAGGCCGUGAAUUUCUCGUAUCCAACCCGGCCCAAUGUUAAAAUCCUCAACAAUCUGACCAUUGAUAUUCCAGCUGGAAAAAUAACCGCACUUGUUGGACCCUCUGGUUGUGGAAAAAGCACGAUUGUCGGACUGCUGGAACGUUGGUAUCAGAUUGAGAACCAGUUUGAGGGCGACCCUAAUAGUGACGCCCCACAAAGCGGUGAUCCUCAAAACGAGAAAGUGCACGAGACAGCAACAUCCCCCAAUAGUGGGUCAAUAAAAAUUGGGCCUCACAAUCUCUAUGACCUGGAUCUUAAAUGGUGGAGAUCCCAAAUCGGAUUGGUGCAACAGGAACCAUUUACGUUUAACACAACCAUCUACCAAAACGUCGCCUAUGGUCUAGUGGGAUCAAAGUGGGAAAACGAAUCCGAAGAAGUGAAAAGAAAGCUUGUUGUGGAAGCCUGCCGGGAAUCGUUUGCGUCAGAAUACAUUGAAAAAUUGCCGCUGGGAUAUGGCACCAUGGUUGGAGAGAAUGGCUUGAAACUCAGCGGCGGCCAGCGCCAGAGACUUGCAAUUGCUCGAAGCAUUAUUAAAAGGCCGCCCAUACUUAUCCUUGAUGAGGCAACAAGUUCAAUCGAUGUUCGAGGAGAACGUAUUGUUCAAGAGGCACUUGAUCGAGUAUCCAAAAAUCGCACGACAAUAACCAUCGCCCAUCGAUUAUCUACGAUAAAAAAGGCAGAUAAAAUCAUCGUUCUGAAGGCAGGAGAAAGCAUUGAGCAGGGAACACAUGAGGAGUUGCUUGAAUUCAAAGGACUGUAUCACUCGUUGGUGGAAAAUCAGCGUCUCGAAAUGGGAGAACAGGACCCUGAUAUCCAAGCCGAGGUCAAUCCAAAACGUCAAGUUGAGGAUAUGCAGAGCAUCCUCAAAGAAGCCUCAAGAACCGAUGAUGCUGGUGGGCCUGACCAAGAGCCUGUGCUUACGUAUAAAGCGAGAUCGCUGGUCAAUUCGGUCGGCCUAUUCCUCUGGGAACAGAGAAAGCUUUGGUAUAUGGAUGUUGCCAUUGUUAUUGCUGCUGCGGGCUCCGCCUUUGCCAUCCAGAGUUAUAUAUUUGCACAACUCACGGCCGUGUUUCAGCUAUCUGGUGAUCAGCUGAUUAACCGAAGCGAAUUCUGGGCCCUAAUGUUCUUCAUACUUGCCCUUGGUGUUGGGUUUUUUUACUUCGUACUGGGCAUUGUCGUCGACAAGUCUGUCUGCGGAAUGGGAGGCAUGGGAGGACUGAAUUCAAACUUGUCAUCGAAUUCAAACUUGCCAUCAAAUUCAAACUUGCCAUCGAAUCCGAACCUGCCAUCGAAUCCGAACCUGCCAUCGAAUCCGAACCUGCCAUUGAAUCCGAACCUGCCAUCGAAUCCGAACCUGCCUCCUAUUCGAAGUAGUCCAAUCCCUCAGUUUGGUGAACACGCGGAUCUGUUUAUUGAUGAGUUCUUCAACUGGUUGAUGACAGAGAGACCUCGAAGAGCAGAAGCUCUUUUAACUGCAAAGAGCAUUAUUCAGAAUGAAGGAUUUGAACUGGAUCAUAUACGGACAAUGACAAAUGAGCAGGUGGUUCAGUUGAAUAUUGGAAUGGGUAUAUUCUCGAUAAUAAGAAAUGGGUUAAAGAGUUCUAUCUGGCAGUCACAGUUGAAGGAGAUUAAAUUGUCUUUAUCUGCUGUUUGUAAUGAUGACAGCAGACUUCAUACUGCUUCUGCUUCUGAAUUUGAAACUUAG